UUGUGAAGAGAUUUGGUGUAAAAUCUUCUUCACACACUGUUAUUGUAAAUGAUCAUGGAUAUUUUAGAAAAAAAGAAAAAAUGUAAAACCGAUACAAUUUGUCUCCGGAGCUCUGAUGACGUGAAAUAUUUUCUCCACAUCAGUCUCAUUUACUCCGCCAUAUUGGCACACUUUUUCGUUUAAUCUCAUUUCGGAUUUAAUCCGAUUUUGACGUCAUUAAGUUGCUCGGAGUGCGCUGUUUAUAUAAACGGAUCGAGCUAUCGCCGUUUUGAGGCGAAAAUUCAAACGCAAAGCAAGGCAUACUUGACGCACGUUGCUCCAUAAAUCCCCUAUGAAAAUUCGAUCCUUUCCGACGACUUACGUAAUGACGUCAUAUGAUAUUGAUGAUUACCGCUUUAAGUGAGAGUUCUUAUUUAGGGGAACGAUCGGAUUGUAUCCAAAUAAAUUUUUUAAAAAACUAGUUGAAAAUCGUUGAAAUCCAGAAUUAUGUUCUUAAUUUUUAACAUAAUUUCAGCUUCAAUGCUCAUUAAAACUAGGUUUGUAUAAAAAACAUUGAGCACGGAUAGCCUUUGUUUAGACAAACGAAAGAUUGUCCCGUGCAGGUAAACUAAGGUAUUAAGAUAAGUUCUAAGUGGUUGCCAUUUAAAAACAUGGUUUGCCAUGCACCAGUGAAUAAUAAUAAUUGUAUUUAAACACCUAGUUACAAUGUCAUCACAAGAAUUUGUUAUUACACAUACAAAUAAAAAUUUCACAUCGUUGAAUUGUUGUUUUUCCAUAAACAUAGCAGCUGUGAGGCUUCAUUAUAACACGUGAUUUACCACGUGCAUAGAAGUUAAAGGAAUUUCACAUUUUGUUAUUCAAAAAUAGCAUAAUUAUAUCCUAAUAUACUGUGGCUCUUAACUUAAUUAUAAAUAUGUAAUAAUCGACAGUGCGAACAGGGUUUGUUAACGUGUUGUUUUCCCUUAAAGUUGAACUUUGACCCGAAACCAUGGAACGAUUAAGUCUGAUUCGGGGUUAGUUUUCUUAACAUAUAACAAAUUGAAUGACCGUGAGAUACGAAGCGAGGUGUAUCAGGUGGGGCAGUUAAAUGUAAAUACACUUAAAAAUGGCUCCUAGUUUGAGGAAAUCGUCAUCUUCUGUGGACGGCAUUUUGGAUGGGGAUUCGAAGGAUGAAAUCAGAAUAGAAGAACUGAAAUCAAGAAAUAUGGUCGAAGAUAAAGCAUGGACAUACCUAACUUUAAAGAGAAUUGCUUUUCUUCUCUUUUGUUUUGCCUCGAUUAUUUCAUAUUUUCUCGAUUUACCAUUUUAUGCAUUUGUACUGGUCGCAGUAUUAUUAUUCGUGCCUACAUUUAGUUUCUUCUUAGGAGUCAAUAAUUUUAUUUAUACUUUGACCGAGCGUCGCAAUCUGGUCAGCAAAAUUGAUCAUUAUGUAAAGAUUUUAGACAACGAUGUGAAACGUGAACAUAGUGGACAUUUUAUUCCGAUAAGAGAUUUAUACGAACUAUACGCAGAGGGAAAGAUUGAUUUUAAAGGUGAUGUCUUAGACUGUUUAGAACACAGAGACGAGUAUGUUACGUACAGGCUUCAAUGGUGGCACUUGAAAUUUUUCUUAACAAAAUUUGUACCGGAAAUGUUGCAUUUUAAAAAGCAAGACAAAGAGCAGGUGUGUGAUCACUACGACCGCGGAAACGACUUCUACGAAAGCUUUCUCGGACCGUUAAUGAUAUACACGAGUGGUAUUCAGUACACCGGAAAUGAAUCUUUGGAAGAAAUGCAAGAAAAUAAAAUGGAGGCUGUCUGUAAGAAAAUUCUGCUUCGAAAAAACGACACACAUUUGGAUAUUGGUUGUGGUUGGGGCACCUUAGUAAAUUAUGCAGCUGAAAAAUAUGGUUCAUCUAGUACUGGUGUAACCAUUGCACAAAAUCAGAUCGAGUGGGCGACAAAAAAAGCUAAAGACAUGAAGCUGGACAUCCCGAGUACAUUUCUCUGUAUGGAUUAUCGAGACAUUCCGAAACGAAAGUAUGACAAAAUAACAUGUCUCGAAAUGGCCGAACAUGUCGGGGUCCGAUUAUUUCCGACCUUUUUGUCUCAAGUGUCGGAUAUGUUGGAAGAAGACGGUGUUUUCUUUUUGCAAAUUGCUGGGCUUCGACGAGCGUGGCAGUGGGAGGAUUUCUUUUGGGGAUUCUUCAUGGACACCUACAUAUUUCCAGGAGCAGAUGCUAGCCUCCCAUUAACGUUUCCAGUAGCGCAACUAGAAGCAGCUGGCUUCGAAGUUCAAUCCGUCGAAACUAUCGGGAUACAUUAUUCGGAGACAAUCAAGCGUUGGUAUUACAACUGGGUGAAAUCGGACACCAAAGAAAAGAUGAUCCAAAGUUACGGCAAACGACUGUAUCGCGUGUGGGAGAUUUUUUUGGCUUGGAGUACGAUUAUCGCGCGUCAAGGAAAUUCAACAUGUUACCAAAUUGUCGCCCAUAAAAAUCGGAAUGGGUUUGAUAGAAGAAGGUUUUACCUGAAAGAAGCGGAGAAAGCAUGAAAACAAAACUACCAAAUAGGGUUUUACAAGAAACGAAAAUUAAUUUUUAGAUAGUGCAUUUACUUUGAAGUUAGAUUUUAUAAGCCUAAACUGUCAUCUUGGACAUAUUACUGAUUGGCUUUUUUUUAGCUUAGUAUAGUUUUAAAAAGUUUACCUUCAAAAAAGUGGAGUUCUUAAGGGGGAUUUUCACGAAGCGAAUUGAACGCCGAAUUCGACGGCGAAUUGUAUCUGAGCAUGCGCAGUUUUGUUUGUUAUGAUUUUGCAUCGAAAUAUUCGCUUCGCUGAAAAGUAGAAACAGCUUCUACUUUUUCGCGGCUAAAGGUUUCGCUGCUACUUUUAGACCAAUCAGAAUGCAAUUAACCAAUGUAAACAAUGAAUUUGGCGUCUAAUUUAUUUUGUCGUGAAAAUUAAAAAACGAAUUUGCCAUCGAAUUCGCCGUUCAAUUCGCUUCGUGAAAAUCCCCCUUUUUAAGUGAAUUAACACUUAAUAAAAUUGACUUACUAUAUUAUCAACAGUUCUUUACAAAUAAAAGAACAUCAAAGUUAUUGUGUUUUUAUCACUGUUAUUUUCUGUCUAGUUUUUUUUGCGCAUGCGUAUAAUUUAUCGAAUAUAUUUUACGAAUAGAAAAGAGUUGUAUACCGUACCCUCGGCUUGUUGCUAAAACUACCCAAUAUUUGAUAUAUUAUUUUUGAAGCACUUAUAACCAGGAAACAAAAACUUAAAAAAGAGAAUUCAAAGAAUUUAUUAAAAUAUCGAACAGUUCUCAAAUUCCAGAGAAAAGGUGACUAUCGGCGUUACCUUUUUUUUCGAUAGAUUCAAACUGAAGUGUUAAACUUACUUGCUUAUUUAUUUAAAGCUACAGCAGAAGAAACGCAACAGUAUCCUGCAUUGUAUUAGGUGGAGUGAGCUGACAAACGGCGAGACUAUUACGUCACUUUUUGAAAAAUUGGGAACUAUAAAUUUGACGAGAAUUUGAAAAAGACAGUCAUGUGUAAUUGAGCAUGAUGUUGCUAAAAGUUGAGAAAAAAUAACUUUUUAAAAAAAACUACGCAACGAGGGUUUAUUCAAGGGUGGGCUAAUUCCGCCAAAAGACUAUUUUUCGGAUGGACCAUUUUUUGAGCACUUACGGUAUGCAAGUUUAGUAGAAUUCUUUACUUUUGAAAAAGUAUUUUUAAUUUUUUUUAAAUACAUUAGGAAUUUCAUUGAAUUUCAGCCUAUAAGUCCAGAUUGCAGUGUUUAUUCUUCAUCAAAAAUGUAUUUUAUUUUAAAUCAUGUAUCUAUUUUUUUUUUCGCAGAAUGUUACAAUGUUUACAACAUUGGUGUUUGA